UCCUCGAGUCCUCACAAAAUCAUACUCCACUUUUUCCCAUUUUCUUCUGUUUUUCAACUUUCAAAUUUCACCCCUUUCUUUCACCUUCAAUUCAAUCCAAUUCUACACUUUUCCUCUAUUAAAACACUUAUCUCAGAUCUCUCUUUCUAUUCUUGUUUUCUGCAAAUUUAUUUUCGAUUUCACAAUUCACAGAACUAUAAAACUGGGAGAAAUUGGACGUUUUUUGAUAUCUUUCUCGUAAGUUGUAGAUUGCUGAGCAAGGGACAUUGAUGGCGACGAAAAGGGGGUUAUUGAGUAUCAAAAGUAGACCCAAUGCAUCUUCAUCUUGCUUUUCUACUUCCUCCAUUGUUUCAUUCUUCUUUCUUCUCGUGAUAUUUCCUCUUUUCUUCUUUGUCGGUCGUGGUCUUCAUCUUUCAUCUUCUUCUGGGAAUGAGAUUUCAUUGGGUACUGUGAAUAAGAAUGCAGAGUGGAGAGAAAGACUUAUUUUGCAACAUUUAAAGCCAUUCAUCUCAAAAGAGCUUGUUGAUGUCAUCUCAGUUAAUGUGGAGGACCUUGGGCCACUGAGUCUUGAUUCAUUUAAAAGAAGCAAUGUUUCUGCGUCUUGGAAGGUUGGACAUGAGAAUUCUGAUUAUUCUUCUUUUGAGGCAAAGCAUACAGGCAACAAUGCAAAACAAGAGAAGUUGAAAGGCAAUCAAGAUACCUCAUCAGAUGAUCACACUGAUGUAGUGGAUUCACCAGCUGUGCAGAUGCGAAGGAGGUUAAGAGAGAAAAAACGCGAGAAACGUGCGGCUGAUCUGGUAAAGCAGGAUGAUGAAACUAUUCUGAAACUCGAGAAUGCUGCAAUUCAGCGCUCUAAGUCAGUUGAUUCUGCAAUAUUGGGAAAAUAUAAUAUAUGGAGGAGAGAAAAUGAAAAUGAGAACACUGAUAAUACAGUACGCUUGAUGCGGGAUCAAAUCAUUAUGGCAAGAGUGUACAUUGGCAUUGCUAAGAUGAAGAAUAAGCUAGAUUUGUUUCAAGAGCUUCAGAACAGGCUUAAAGAGAGCCAACGUGCUUUGGGAGAGGCAACUGCUGAUUCUGAUCUUUCUCACAGUGCACCUGAGAAGAUCAAAGCGAUGGGCCAAGUUCUUUCAAAAGCUAGAGAACAAUUGUAUGAUUGUAAGCUGGUGACAGGAAAAUUGAGGGCCAUGCUUCAAUCUGCUGAGGAACAAGUGAGGAGCUUGAAAAAACAAAGCACAUUUCUGAGCCAGUUAGCUGCAAAAACUAUUCCAAAUGGAAUCCAUUGUCUAGCUAUGCGCUUGACUAUAGAUUAUUACCUUCUUCCGUUGGAGAAACGAAAGUUCCCUAAGAGCGAGAAUUUGGAAAAUCCCAAACUUUACCACUAUGCACUUUUUUCUGAUAAUGUGUUGGCUGCUUCUGUGGUUGUGAACUCAACUAUCAUGCAUGCUAAGGAGCCAGAGAAACACGUUUUUCAUCUUGUUACUGAUAAGCUCAAUUUUGGUGCUAUGAACAUGUGGUUUCUUUUGAAUCCUCCUGGAAAAGCCACUAUCCAUGUAGAAAACGUUGAUGAAUUCAAGUGGUUGAACUCAUCAUAUUGUCCUGUACUGCGACAGCUCGAGUCUGCUGCUAUGAAAGAAUAUUAUUUCAAGGCGGAUCAUCCAACUACUUUCUCAUCAGGGGCAUCAAAUCUGAAAUAUAGAAACCCCAAGUACUUAUCAAUGCUUAAUCACUUAAGGUUCUAUCUUCCACAGAUCUAUCCAAAAUUAGAUAAGAUUUUGUUUCUAGAUGAUGACAUUGUUGUUCAGAAGGAUUUGACUGCAUUGUGGUCAGUGGACCUUCAUGGAAAAGUUAAUGGUGCUGUGGAAACUUGCGGAGAGAGCUUUCACCGGUUUGAUAAAUAUUUGAACUUUUCAAAUCCACACAUUUCCAGAAAUUUCGACCCUAGUGCAUGCGGGUGGGCAUAUGGAAUGAAUCUUUUUGAUCUCAAGGAGUGGAAGAACAAGGAUAUCACUGGCAUAUAUCACAAGUGGCAAAAUAUGAAUGAAGAUAGGACACUUUGGAAGCUCGGAACAUUACCUCCAGGACUUAUUACAUUCUAUGGGCUUACGCAUCCACUUGAGAAGUCAUGGCACGUACUUGGUUUGGGAUAUAAUCCUAGUAUUGACAAGUCAGAGAUUGAAAAGGCCGCCGUUAUACAUUACAAUGGUAACAUGAAGCCAUGGUUGGAGAUUGCAAUGACCAAAUACAGAUCAUACUGGACAAAGUACAUCAAGUAUGACCACCCCUAUCUUCAGAGAUGCAACUUAAGUGAGUAAAACAAAAUGAGAUGAACAGUGGUAGCAAGUCCACGAGCUAUUUCUGUGCUCUCCUUGGACCAAAAUGAAGAAUUUUGUGUGGCAUCAUUUUAAAGGGCUCCAUGAGGUUACUGGCACAUGAAAGGUGCAUGCUUCAAUUUUUGUGAGCAGCAUAUCCUUCUCUGUUUCCUACAUUGUUUAUUCUUUCAUCUAAUUCAGUCUAAUACUUUUCCAUUAGUUCUGUAUUCGGAGUGAACAAGGAUUGAGAGAUUUUCUGUGUCAUUAAUCAGAAAGGGAAGUCCUAUUGUUUGCGAUUGGAUAGUUGGGUUAUGCUUUAGGACCAGAUCAGGAUUCUAUUGUAUUCUUUGAGCAUUGCUCCACAGAUUUGUAGAUCGUAUAAUUGUGUGACUGUCAUCGGUAAUUCUAAUGUUUGUCUCUCAAA